AUGGGAGGUUACCUUUGUUUGACUGCAACUCAUAGGGAAUUGAAUGAUGUGGUUGAUGUAUGGAUAAUGAAGGAAUAUGGGGUUAAAGAAUCUUGGGUUAAAUUGAUGUCGUCUACCCAACCUGACCUUCUUCCAGGUUCUCCAUUUGAAGUACCUUUGGCUUUUUCAAAGAAUGGUAACAAAGUAUUAUUCCACAAUAAAUACAGUCGGGGCAACAGGGACAGUCUUGUGUGGUAUGAUUUGGGAAGCAAAAGGGUUGAGAAGGUUGGGAUUAAAGGUGUUCCAGUUGUCUAUGAUGUGUACUUGUAUGUUGAGAGCCUUUUCCCUGUUAAUAAGAAGCCCCAUAGAGAAUUAAAAUAA